UGAAGGUGUUUGUAUCAACUAUCAAGUUCCCCGCCAAAUAAACACUGAGCGGGAACAGUCGUCAAAACUCUCCAGCCACCCAUCUCAAUCCCAAAUCGUUCCUUAAUUUCUCAGCCUCAAAACCCCUCUUAAAACCUCUUUAUCAAUAAUUACAAUGUCGACGGACCCAAUCGAAUCCUUCAAACCCUACACUUUAACCCAAACCCUAACCGGCCACCACCGCGCAAUCUCCUCCGUCAAAUUCUCCUCUGACGGCCGCCUCCUCGCCUCCUCCUCCGCUGACAAGUCUCUUCUCGCCUACUCCGUCUCCAAUAUUUCCAAUUCCGAUUCUACCCCGCUCCAACAAUUCUCCGGCCACGAACAAGGCGUCUCCGACCUCGCAUUCUCCUCCGAUUCCCGCUUUCUCGUCUCCGGCUCCGACGACAAGAACCUCCGUCUAUGGGACGUCGCCACCGGCUCCUGCCUCAAAACCCUCCAGGGUCACACUAAUUACGUGUUUUGCGUUAACUUUAACCCUCAGUCUAACAUGAUUGUCUCCGGUUCUUUUGACGAGACCGUUCGAAUUUGGGACGUUAAAAGCGGAAAGUGUCUCAAGGUUUUACCUGCCCAUUCCGAUCCCGUCACUGCCGUUGAUUUUAAUCGCGACGGCUCGCUGAUUGUCUCAAGCAGUUACGAUGGUUUGUGCAGAAUUUGGGAUGCCGGCACCGGACAUUGUAUGAAGACACUUAUUGAUGAUGAGAAUCCGCCUGUUUCGUAUGUUAAAUUUUCACCAAACGGAAAGUUUAUUCUCGUCGGGACUCUCGAUAAUACUUUAAGACUUUGGAACUUCUCAACGGGAAAAUUUUUGAAGACAUACACUGGCCAUGUGAAUUCAAAGUUCUGCAUUUCAUCGUCCUUUUCCGUGACAAGUGGGAAAUAUAUAGUUAGUGGUUCAGAAGAUAAUUGUGUAUAUUUAUGGGAGCUUCAGUCCCGGAAAGUACUUCAAAAAUUGGAAGGUCACACUGACACUGUUAUAUCAGUAGCAUGUCACCCCACUGAGAACAUGAUAGCCUCGGGUGCACUUGGCAGUGACAAGACUGUGAAGAUCUGGACGCAGAAGGAAUAGAUUGCUUCUCAGUUAAUCAUUAUGUAAUGUGAUUGCAAUUUUUUUUUGGAAGUGAAGAUAUGGAUUGCUCAUGAACCUGAAACAUGUGCUUCUUUCUUGACACAUAUCUUUGCUGCAAAAGAUUCUUAUCUUGUAACUUAGUUCUGUAAACUACCCCUUCCGGGCCUUUAUUAUAGAACUUCCCUUCUGUUGAGAUGAAUA